CAGUCCCGGCAGGCAGGCAGGCAGGCGUGCGCCGGGCAGCACUCACCCGGAGAGCUCCGGGCAAGCUGGGGACACACUCGGGGUGCGGUCUGCUGGGAGACACAUCGAGGAAACACACCCCACGGUGGCAGCAGACCCCAGGCCCCGCUUUGCCCGAGCUGGCUGCCCUGGGGCCUCCUAGAUUGCUGAGUGAGGGGCUCCCCGGGCCAUCGGUGCUCUGGCUGCAGCUGACCCCUCUGGACCAGUAUGUGGAUAUCUUGGGCUCCUGGCCUGUGGCUGCUUGGGUUCUGGGCCACCUUCAGCCAUGGGACAGUUACAGGUGACAAGUGCCCACCUUCACAGCAAGAAGGACUCAAGCUGGAACACAGCAGUGACCUGUCAGCCAAUGUGACUGGCUUCAGCCUCAUCCGCCGCCUGAACCUCAUGAAGACGCCUGCCAUAAAGAAGAUCCGCAACCCCAAGGGACCGCUCAUCCUGAGGCUGGGGGCUGCCCCCCUGACCCAGCCCACGCGACGAGUAUUUCCCCGUGGCUUCCCAGAGGAGUUUGCCCUGGUCCUGACACUCCUGUUGAAGAAGCACACCUUCCAGAACACAUGGUACUUAUUCCAAGUGACCGACGCAGAUGGCUACCCCCAGAUCUCUCUGGAAGUCAACAGCCAAGAGAGGAGUCUGGAGCUUCGGGCGCAAGGUCAAGACGGCGACUUUGUGUCCUGCCUCUUUCCCGUGCCUCAGCUUUUCGACCUGAGGUGGCACAAGCUGAUGCUGAGCGUGGCUGGACGUGUGGCCUCCGUGCACGUGGACUGCAUCUCCGCCUCCUCCCACCCUCUGGGUCCCCGGCGACCCAUGCGUCCUGGGGGCCAUGUAUUCCUGGGCUUGGACGCUGAGCAGGGCAAGCCCGUCUCAUUUGACCUUCAGCAGGCACACAUCUACUGUGACCCAGAGCUCGUGCUGGAGGAGGGUUGCUGUGAGAUUUUACCAGGAGGGUGCCCCCCAGAGACCUCCAAGGCCCGCCGGGACACCCAGAGCAACGAGCUUAUUGAGAUCAACCCGCAGACAGAGGGCAAGGUCUAUACCCGCUGCUUCUGCCUGGAGGAGCCUCAGAACAGCAAGGUGGAUGCCCAGCUGAUGGGAAGAACCAACCAGAAGGCAGAAAGGGCAGCAAAGGUCCACCAGGAGAUAGCAGCCAGUGAGUGCCCACCCUGUGUCCAUGGUGCUCGGGAGAGCAAUGUCACACUUGGUCCCUCUGGUCCCAAGGGAGGAAAAGGUGAGCGAGGCCUGCCUGGUCCGUCAGGCCCCAAGGGAGAGAAGGGUGCACGGGGCAAUGACUGCGUUCGAGUCUCCCCAGAUGCCCCACUUCAGUGUGCAGAAGGACCUAAAGGCCAGAAGGGGGAGUCAGGAGCCUUGGGACCCUCAGGACUCCCAGGCUCAACAGGCCAGAAGGGCCAGAAAGGCGAGAAGGGUGAUGGAGGCCUCAAAGGACUACCAGGAAAGCCAGGCCGAGAUGGCCGGCCAGGAGAGAUCUGUGUUAUUGGGCCCAAAGGACAAAAAGGAGAUCCUGGCUUUGUUGGGCCUGAAGGACUGGCAGGAGAGCCUGGACCCCCUGGCCUCCCCGGACCCCCUGGGAUAGGGCUGCCUGGGACCCCGGGAGAUCCAGGUGGCCCGCCAGGUCUUAAGGGAGACAAGGGCAGCUCCGGGACACCAGGAAAGGAAGGCCCUGGAGGGAAGCCUGGGAAGCCAGGAGUGCCGGGGAUGAAAGGAGAGAAGGGUGACCCCUGUGAAGUGUGCCCAACACUUCCUGAAGGCUUCCAGAACUUCGUGGGGCUCCCUGGAAAGCCAGGGCCUAAAGGGGAACCAGGUGACCCUGCACCAACCAAGGAGGGCCUCAGAACUGUUGGACUAAAAGGCGACCGGGGAGACCCAGGAAUCCAAGGCAUGAAAGGAGAGAAGGGGGAACCUUGCUCAUCCUGCAGCUUAGGUGUGGAGGCCCAGCACCUUGUACCCUCUGUGGGGGUCAGUGGAGACGUGGGUUCCCCUGGUUCCCGUUUACCUGGCCUUCCGGGGACAUAUGGAGUUCCUGGGCCAAGAGGGCUAAAAGGAGAGAAGGGCAACUUCGGCGAGGAAGGGCCCGCUGGACUUCCGGGACCACCGGGGCCAGUGGGACCAGCAGGCGCCAAAGGGGCAAAGGGGGAACCUUGUGAGCCGUGUAUGCCCCUGUCCAAGCUUCAGGAUGGGGACAGUCAGGUGGUGCACUUGCCUGGCCCAGUGGGAGAGAAGGGAGAGCCUGGACCUCCAGGCUUUGGCCUACCAGGGAAGCAGGGCAAAGCUGGAGAGCGUGGACUGAAGGGGCAGAAGGGGGACGCUGGGAAUCCUGGAGACCCAGGAAUACCAGGCACCAUGGGGCAGCCUGGACUGUCAGGAGAGCCUGGGAUUCGGGGACCUGCAGGACCAAAGGGAGAAAAGGGCGAUGGCUGCACCGCCUGCCCCAGCCUGCAGGGGGCGCUCACAGAUGUGGCUGGACUGCCUGGGAAGCCAGGCCCUAAAGGAGAGCAGGGUCCUGAAGGUGUGGGCUGGCCUGGUAAACCGGGCCAGCCUGGUUUACCAGGAGUUCAAGGGCCCCCAGGAAUGAAGGGCACACAGGGAGAGCCAGGGCCUCCAGGAAUGGGUGCUGAGGGGCCCCAGGGGGAACCUGGAGCCCAAGGUUUGCCUGGCAUUCAGGGACUUCCAGGACCUCGGGGACCACCUGGACCCACUGGAGAAAAGGGUGCCCAGGGACCUCCAGGGCUGAAAGGAGCCAUGGGACCUGUGGGACCUCCCGGUGCUGGUGACCCUGGGUCUCCGGGUCAAGAUGGACAGAGAGGACAAACUGGACCUCCAGGAGCCAGAGGGACACCAGGUGAAAAGGGAUCUCAAGGAGAGAAGGGUGAACCGGGGGAGUGCUCCUGCCCCUCUCGGGGAGACCCCAUCUUCUCUGGCAUGCCGGGUGCUCCGGGACUUUGGAUGGGCAGCUCCUGGCAGCCAGGCCCGCAGGGUCCCCCGGGUGUUCCUGGACCCCCAGGUCCUCCUGGAAUGCCUGGACUUCAGGGGAUACCUGGGAACAACGGCUUGCCAGGACAGCCCGGGCUCACCGCCGAGCUGGGCUCCUUACCCAUUGAACAGCACCUCCUCAAGAGCAUCUGUGGGGACUGUGCCCAGAGCCAGACAGCCCAGCCAGCCUUCCUCAUGGAGAAAGGGGAAAAGGGUGACCAGGGCAUCCCUGGUGUGCCAGGCUUCGACAAUUGCGCCCGGUGCUUCCCAGGGCGGGAGCGCCCCAGAGCAGAGGAAGCCAGGGGAGACAACAGUGAGGGAGAGCCCGGCUGUCCUGGGAGCCCUGGGCUGCCUGGUCCCCCAGGGCUGCCAGGCCAAAGAGGAGAAGAGGGUCCACCUGGCAUGAGGGGCUCCCCAGGCCCACCAGGGCCUAUUGGCCCCCCAGGUUUUCCUGGUGCUGUUGGCUCCCCCGGAUUACCUGGCCUUCAAGGAGAGCGAGGCCUCACGGGCCUGACAGGAGACAAAGGGGAACCGGGUCCUCCAGGACAACCUGGUUACCCAGGUGCCAUGGGCCCCCCGGGACUGCCUGGCAUCAAGGGGGAGCGAGGCUACACCGGACCUGCAGGAGAGAAGGGAGAGUCGGGCCCACCAGGAUCUGAAGGCCUCCCAGGUCCCCAAGGCCCAGCAGGUCCCAGAGGAGAGCGAGGACCCCAAGGGAACUCUGGUGAGAAGGGUGACCAGGGAUUUCAAGGCCAGCCAGGCUUUCCAGGUCUUCCGGGUCCCCCAGGAUUCCCAGGCAAAGCUGGAGCACCUGGCCCACCCGGCCCCCAAGCAGAGAAGGGCAGUGAAGGGAUUCGAGGCCCAUCAGGCUUACCUGGUUCCCCUGGACCACCAGGGCCUCCCGGGAUUCAGGGCCCUGCUGGGCUGGACGGACUGGAUGGGAAAGACGGCAAGCCUGGCUUGAGGGGGGACCCUGGUCCUGCUGGCCCUCCUGGACUCAUGGGCCCCCCGGGUUUCAAGGGGAAAACAGGACAUCCGGGGCUCCCCGGACCUAAGGGUGACUGCGGCAAACCAGGCCCCCCUGGCAGCAGUGGCCGGCCAGGUGCGGAGGGUGAGCCUGGUGCCAUGGGACCACAGGGACGACCUGGCCCCCCAGGCCAUGCUGGGCCACCGGGGCCUCCAGGCCAGCCAGGCCCAGCUGGAAUCUCUGCAGUGGGCCUGAAAGGAGAUCGGGGAGCUCCUGGAGAGAGAGGCCUGGCAGGCCUCCCAGGACAGCCUGGCACACCUGGACACCCUGGGCCCCCGGGGGAACCCGGCGCAGACGGUGCAGCUGGCAAAGAGGGAUCCCCUGGAAAGCAGGGACUCUAUGGACCUCCCGGCCCAAAGGGUGAUCCAGGACCUGCCGGACAAAAGGGCCAAGCAGGAGAGAAGGGGAGAUCUGGCAUGCCUGGCGGACCUGGCAAGAGUGGUUCUAUGGGGCCUGUUGGACCACCGGGUCCUGCAGGAGAAAGGGGCCACCCUGGGUCCCCAGGGCCUGCAGGGAGCCCUGGGUUGCCUGGUGUGCCAGGCUCCAUGGGAGACAUGGUGAAUUAUGAUGAAAUCAAGAGGUUCAUCAGACAAGAGAUCAUUAAAAUGUUUGAUGAGAGGAUGGCUUACUACACCUCCAGGAUGCAGUUCCCUAUGGAAGUGGCAGCAGCUCCAGGCCGGCCAGGGCCCCCAGGGAAGGAUGGUGCUCCCGGACGGCCAGGCGCUCCUGGGUCACCGGGGCUCCCUGGUCAGAUCGGCAGAGAAGGACGGCAGGGUUUGCCAGGAAUGAGAGGAUUCCCUGGUACCAAAGGUGAAAAGGGAGACAUUGGUGUUGGCAUGGCAGGAGAGAAUGGUCUCCCUGGCCCCCCAGGUCCUCAAGGGCCUCCGGGGUAUGGCAAGAUGGGUGCAACAGGGCCGAUGGGCCAGCAAGGCAUUCCUGGCAUUCCUGGCCCCCCAGGUCCCAUGGGCCAGCCGGGCAAGGCUGGCCACUGUAACCCCUCGGACUGCUUUGGGGCCAUGCCAAUGGAGCAGCAGUACCCACCCAUAAAAAGCAUGAAGGGGCCUUUUGGCUGAAACCUACCUGUGCUGAGAUGAAGGACUCCUUUGGGAAUAAAUAAGCAAAGCUUACAGGACCCUGAGAGUUGUGAAUGUUGUGCUGUUGUUGUUGUUGACGUUGUUCUUAAUUGCUGUUAAUAUUUUUUUAUCAAUAAAGAAACAAAACUAUCUGUAAUCCCACUACCAGUGGGGUUCCCCUGGUGCUGUA